GGAGGGCUCUGGCUGUGUCUCAGCUCUUAUCGGGUUGUACUGAAGCUCGUUCACUCUCUCCGUCGCCCGCACGCGGAGUACCGGACCGGAUCACCCUCUCGCCUCUACAUUUCUCCCUCCCUUCCUCUCUCGCUCUCUCUUCAGCUCUCUCUAUCCGCUAGUGUUUUUUCACUCAGCCAUGGUUUCUAUAAUCUCGGACCUGGACCCUCUGAAGAGCUGGAACGUGUUAAGACAGGAUGCCAGCGAUCUCACUGGGAGCAUACAAAGUAACGGCACAGCUGGGAAAAUGAACGGAGCGCUGGAGCAUUCUGAUCAGCCCGAUCCUGAUGCAAUUAAGAUGUUUGUGGGUCAGAUCCCUCGCUCCUGGUCUGAGAAGGAGCUGAAGGAGCUGUUUGAACCUUACGGCGCUGUCUAUCAGAUUAACAUCCUGAGAGACCGCAGUCAAAACCCACCACAGAGCAAAGGAUGCUGUUUUGUCACAUUCUACACACGAAAAGCUGCUCUCGAGGCUCAGAAUGCCCUGCACAACAUCAAAACCUUAACUGGGAUGCACCAUCCCAUUCAGAUGAAGCCUGCAGACAGUGAGAAAUCAAAUGGUGAGCGUGACAGUGUUCAUAUGGGAGCGGUGGAGGACAGGAAGUUGUUUAUCGGGAUGGUGUCAAAGAAGUGUAACGAGAACGAUAUCCGGGUUAUGUUCUCUUCCUUCGGACAGAUUGAGGAGUGUCGCAUCCUGAGAGGGCCAGACGGACUUAGCCGAGGAUGUGCGUUUGUCACGUUUUCUACCAGGGCUAUGGCACAGAAUGCAAUCAAAGCCAUGCAUCAGUCUCAGACCAUGGAGGGUUGCUCCUCCCCCAUGGUGGUGAAGUUUGCCGACACUCAGAAGGAUAAGGAGCAGCGGCGGCUGCAGCAGCAGUUAGCUCAGCAGAUGCAGCAGCUGAACAGCGCCUCCGCCUGGGGAAGUCUGACUGGCCUGACCGGCCUCACCCCGCAGUACCUGGCAGUAAGAGGCCACACCCACUCGGCCACGCCCAUCAGCACCACAUUGCUACAGCAGGCGACUUCAUCCAGUAAUCUAGGAGCGUUCAGUGGGAUCCAGCAGAUGGCAGGUAUGAACGCUCUGCAGUUACAGAAUCUGGCCACUCUAGCAGCGGCCGCCGCGGCAGCUCAGAGUUCGGCCAGCCCGUCCACCGCUAGUGCCCUGACCUCCAGCACAGGCUCCCUGGGAGCCCUGGCCAGCCCAGCAGCAGGCUCCACAGCUAACUCGAGUGCAGGAGCGAUGGGUUCUCUCGGCUCCUUGGGAACCCUGCAAGGCCUCGCUGGGGCCACCGUGGGCCUCAACAACAUUAAUGCACUAGCAGGUAGCGUCAACAUUGCUCACAUGCUCUCAGGUGUGGCUGCCCUGAAUGGCGGCGGCUCGGCCGGCCCCAUGGAUGCCCUCACUCAGGCUUACUCAGGAAUCCAGCAGUACGCCGCCGCCGCCCUGCCCACACUCUACAGCCAGAGCUUACUGCAGCAGCAGAGUGCUGCCGGGAGUCAGAAGGAGGGACCAGAAGGGGCAAACCUUUUCAUCUAUCACCUGCCACAGGAGUUCGGGGACCAGGACAUUCUGCAGAUGUUCAUGCCUUUUGGAAAUGUAGUGUCGGCCAAAGUGUUUAUAGACAAACAGACCAAUCUGAGCAAGUGCUUCGGUUUCGUCAGUUAUGACAAUCCCGUGUCGGCACAAGCAGCCAUUCAGGCGAUGAACGGUUUUCAGAUUGGAAUGAAACGCCUGAAGGUGCAGCUGAAGCGCUCUAAGAACGACAGCAAGCCCUACUGAUCUUAUUGCUAGGGCCAGUCCUCUCUGUCCCUACAAUGCUAGGAAACUCAUCUCCAUGACUCUUUGCUCAUCGUUUGCCUAGCAUGUCUACGUGGCGUUCAAAAAAAAAAAGUCUCAUCGUCUCGUCAUUGUCUCCGAUGUCUUUCUGAGUUCUCCUGAUCAUAAUCUGGUCUCCUCCUACUGAUCUCUCCUCGACUUUGAUCUUAGCUUGGUCUUUGUUGGGUAAUUUUUUGUUUGUUUGUUUGUUUGUUUUGUUGUUGUUUUUUUGCAUGUGACCUCGUUUUAAAGCUUUUACCUGUUUUUCUGAGGUUUUUAUUAUUUUUUUUCUUUCUGUUUUUUGUUUGUUUGUUUGUUUGUGUUCUUUCUCUUUUUAUUAUUACAGUCGGGGGAGGGAUGGGUGAAAGAAGGAAGAAAAAAAAUACUAACAAAUGUGAAAAAGCUAAAGCGCUAAAGCUGCGUUCACACUCGCAAAUAGGUAUAAUCUAUUUAAUAGUAUAACCCGAAGCGUCGUCAUUUUAAGAAACGCUCUUUUUAACAUUUCACAAAUUUACUUAAUGACAAAAAAAAUUUCACACAAACCUGUGGCAAAGAAAUUAAAAGAAUUUGCAGCGUUUGCUAGCUUAAACUUUUUCUUAUGAUUUGCUUUACAUUUCAUUUUUUUGUUUUUUGUUUUGUUUUAUAUUCCAUUCAUUUAAAGUAAACUUGAAAGUACAAUACAGGGAUUGGCUUCGGGACUUUCUGUCAGCGCGUUUCGUGGUAUGAGACGCACAGGUAGACCCAGCUGGUUUCUACGAGAACUAGACUACUUCCAAGCAGUUUUAAUACAAAAAAAACAAAAAAAUCUGUCUAAUUGAACUUAAGAGUCUCUCAGAGCGAGCUUGUGGUUUUUACAUUUUUCAGGCAGUGUAAAGUUUUUUGAUAAGGCCAUUUGAAGUGGCUCGGUUUCUCAUUAAAGUCUAUAUAAAACCACUUUUUUCUAGAGUAGUAAAGGUAUUAAGAAAAAAAAAACAACAAAAAAAAACAACAAAAAAAAAAGAAAAACAAGAAAAAAGAGUGCCCUGUUUGGGGGAAAUGCUACCUACAUGUCACACCUUUUUGCUGAACUGAUCUACCGUUAGACAAUCCGUGGUAUAAAUGCACAUGAAAUGACCUAUAUUUUAUACUGUUUAAAUGUAUAGAGGAAAAAAAAAAACCACAGUUUGUGUGACCCGCGUUCCCGUCGGUGCUUUUUGUGGAUUGAGUCGUGAUUUCAUCACAAGUCUAAUAGUCUUAUUUGUCUUGUGUUUUUAAAGAGAAGACUAAAAAUCGGUUUACUUGAACAUAGACAAAAACCUAUCAUAGUACUAUUGCAACUAGAGUAUACCUGUUUUUUUUGUUUGUUUGUUUGUUUAUUUGUUUUUGUUUUGUUUUGUUUUUUCUUUCCUUUUUUUAAGAGUCCCUAUUUGAAAUUUCUUGUCGGGUAAUUAGCUAUAUAAACCUUUUACAAUGUCAGCUUGUAAAGCAUCAAUGUCAUUCUUCUUAUUAUUUUCAAUUUCAAUUGUGGGAAACAAUAUUUAGAUGUGUUGUUGCGUUCAGCAAAAUGUACUUUUUUUUUCUUAUAAAGGAAACAAAAAAAACAACAAAACAAAACAAAAAAAAAAUACAAGAUGAGUGGACUUUAGUGCCAAAUUCUGACGGUACAUCCUGCCUACAGCUUCAGUGUAUUACUUGUGAAAUGAUUUGAUAACAUGGGUAUUUUAUUACGUAAGUGUUUUGUAUCCCUCAUAUUUAAGGAUAUAGAUUUAAAAGAAAAAAACAACAAAAAAAAAAAACCGCGGUUGUUAACUUGCUACUCUGUGGUCUUGUUGCCUGAACUGUUCACGUUUUUGCUUUCUUUUUAAAUGUAAAAAGUGCCCAUGUGUCAUUCUCUCUUUCUUUCUCUGUUUUACUCACUCACUCUCUCUCUCUCUCGCUCUCUCUCUCUCACACACUCUCUCUCACACACACAUGCACGUGCACAACCAUACACACACACACAUGCACGCAUACACACACCUGCGCUAAAGGUUGACCUCACAGCCCUCUUUUCUUCGAUGGUGUGUGUAUGUGAGCCCCCUGAGCACGAGUCUCAGCAGCACACACACCUACACACCUACACGCAAACACAGAAAUAUUGGCAUCGUAUCACUAACCAUGAGCAGCCAAUCAAAAUCAGAGGUGAGCUGUAAAGAGGUGUGUUUCUCAAUGUCAGGCAUGUGUCGAUAGAAAAGUUUCAUAUCAUACUAGAACUUUUUUUUUUUUUUUUUUUUUGUACACCGACAGAAAAGUGCAGACACACGAACCUGAUGUUUUUGUUCAUCAUCUUAUUUAAGAAUAAGUUAAAUGAAUUAAUCUUAAUAAAUAAAUCAAUGAAGAAAGAAAGAAAUACCCAGCACUUGGUAUGUUCAACAUGGCGAGACAGGAAGUGGGCGUAAAAGUAAUCGGUUUCACAGAUGAAAUUCAGGCAUAGCAGCACAACCCAGGGUUAGAAGACAACGGAGGAAUAAUACGGAGAGCAGAUCGACUCCUGAGUGUGUGGCAUCGUGUAAGCUGUCUGUUUCAUUCUUCGUGUUCAGAAGAUCAUGCCACAUCUUGCCACAUCUUUAGAAGGAAAAUAAAAAACCCUACAUUUCUUUUUGUAUCACUAAGGUUUUUAGAGUUAGAGUUUACAUUCAGUUUGGACUUGAUGCUUUAACCGAGAGGGACAAAUGUCCUGAAGAGUCACACUGAAGCUUAUAGCACACCUGUGAAUAUGCUGCCUUGUAACCAGGACAGAGUUUCUAUCUAAGAAGCACAAACACUGCCCAGAAAUGCCUCCCACAUUCCACCCGGGGCUAGUGGCUAUCGCUUUUAUACGUCUAAGACACAGUACCAUGUUUAGAGUUAUCGGCACAUGCCUGUUUGCCUUUCUCUGUCUCUCUCUCUCUCUCUCUCUCUCUCUCUCUCUCUCUCUCUCUCUCUCUCUCUCUCUCUCACACACACUCUCUGUCUCUCUCUCUUUCUCUCUCUCUCUCUGUCUCUCUCUCUCUCUCUCUCUCUCUCUCUCUCUCUCUCUCUCUCUCUCUCUCUCUCUCUCUCUCUGCCUCUUCAGGUCUUUAAAGCAGCCUGAUGCCAAAAAGGACAACUCACCCGUCCACAGUUCCACAUUUUCCCAUUGCACUUUUGUCGAAAACGUUUACACGUGUUGUAAAUGGCCCGUAUAAUACAGUACAAUCUUGUUUACAGACGUGGUUUACAGCCGGCCCCCCCUAAAAACCCCUGUUUACUUCACUAAAGCACUAUUUUCUACCCAAAUCCUGCCGUUGCCUUAACAUGACGCUCAGUAUUAGUGGGGUGGAAUAGGCUGCUGCCUGAGUGCUGCCAAGGUUAUUUGUUGCGUUUGUGUUAGGUGUGUGUGACUGUAUGUGUGUAUGUGUGUGACUGUAUGUGUGUGUGUGUGUUUUGUCCCAAUAAUACACCCAAGGUUUUGCCGUACCAACAAAUGCAACAACUGCCAAACCUGCAUCCUUCACCAGCUUCGGUUCUACAGCACGGUUCAGACGUUACGUCUCCGUCGGAUGCACAAGCACAAAAAUUCACACGCACGCACAUGCCAAAUGAAAUCGUUAGCACAACGACGACACGUAGGAUGACAGUAUUACGCGUCAGCAUCCUGGCAGCUUUACCAGCUCACAGGAUGUGACAUCAAGUGAAAUCGUACACACUGCCAUUUCAGUGUAUCCACACAAUCCCAGUCAAAGGCUUUUUGAGCACAAGGAGUUUCUUAUAGUUUAAUCACUCGCUCUCAGUAAUCCUGCUCAGGGCCGCGCUGGAUCCCGAGCCUGUUCCGGGAAUACUGAGCAUGAAGUAAAGAUAUCGGUACUGCAAAACGUUAAAAAGAGCGAGAUUUCUUUUCCAAGCACAAGUACAUCAAAGCACAUGUAUUUGUUGUCAUUUUAAUGGCAUAAAUUGAAUCUGAAAAAUAUUGUAGUAUCUUAAUAAAUAAUACCUAUGGAGACUAACGUUACUCCAUAAUGUAAAAAAUUACACGCUGGCGUAUUAGAAAUGGGAUAGAAAUCUUUCGAAAUGUUCUAAUAUAGAAUUGAGCAUGGGUAACUUAAAUAAAUAAUAAACAAACGCACUUGCUGGAUCGUUGAUGAGAACCAUUGAAACCAUUGAGUUUCUGAACAUCAAAACCCUGCGCAAACCCGUUGAUGCGCUUGAACCAAAUGCAGCAAUUGAAGCACACGAAUUACUAAAAUUAUGAUGAAAUACAGAUAGAGAACAUUUUAAAGUGUUCGACUCCUAAAGCACAAGACAGUGACAUGCUGACUUGUUGGUCAGCCUGCAAAGCAUUCUGGGUUGCUUUUAUUCCUGAAGUCGUGUAUCGCGAUGUCAACUGAUCCCAUCCUUCAUGCAACCAAGGGCUCAUCAACUUCACUCCAGCUAAGAAAGUAGCGGCACUGCCUUUGAAAAAAGCAACAGGGAUCCAGUCAGAGAGGAUUUUAAGAGGGUAGGCGUAGAAGGGGUUUUUUUUUUUUUUUUUUUUUUUUAAACAGUAUUGGAACAAGGCCAAGAUUUUUUGUUUUGUUUUUGAUGAUAGUGAAGAAAAUGAUGGAGAGUCAACACUUGAUAUCACUGCACUAUGAUGUGGUCAAAUGGCAGGGGGUUAAACCAACAGAUAUUAAUCUGUUCUGUCUCCCGUUGUGUGUGUGUGUGUGUGUGUGUGUGUGUGUGUGUGUGUGUGUGUGUGUGUGUGUGUGUGUGUGUGUGUGUCUGUGUUUCAACAUAGUCUGCUUUGCCACUAUCAAAACAAACAGGGUAAGAUUUUGCGAUCUCGCUACACACACAAUUCCUGACACGCUCCAUUUCUCUCUCUCACACACACACACACACACACACACACACACACACACACUAGAUGUUUAGUAAAGCACAAACUCGUAAGAGUCUUUGCAGACGUGCUGGCUGAGGCUCUUUACUCAGGGGUUUUCUUCACCACACACAUCUUCUCUUCAAUCUGUUUGUUCUUUCUGUUUUUGCUUUCUCUUAAGUGCUAUUUAACAACAGUGUAUUUUACAAGAAAAAGUGGAGUUUCUUUGCAUUUUUCGCUUAUUAUGUCAAGUUUUUUGGACAAAAAAAUAAUAAUACUGUAUGUGUGUUGAUCUGAUGUGCCGUAUAAAAAAAGCUUGUUGUCUGUAGAUUAAUAUCAUUUUGUUUGAUUCUAAAAUGGAUUUGAAUAGUUUUAAGUAUUGUCUUGAGAAAAGCCAAAGUCAAUGCAUUUCAGUGGAUUAUGUAAGCGUGGUACAUGUUUGUUUGACUCCUUGGAAUCUGUCAUUGGAUGGAAUUUAAAAAGUACAAAAAAACGCAGGCUUUCCUAUUUCUAAAACUGAUUGUACUUAUGCCUUUUGUACCAGUGCAACUUUUUAUACUGGCAAUUAAAGAAAAAAAAAACAAAACAAAAAACCUAUCGAGAGUCUGUCUGACCCGGCGAAGGGGUCGGCCAGCGGCUGUUCCCGAGUUCUGAUUUCUAAGUUGGCAUCCAGGAUGGUUAAGUUUUAAUAUAAAGCUUUUCUAGAACUUUGGCUUGGUAUCUUUGAACUUUGACAUCUUCUUGUUCUUCUUCACUUCAGCGUUUAGUUUCCUUUAUCUUUAUCUCUUUGUUUUCUUUUCCUUUGUGUUUUUUUUUUUUAUUUUUUUCUCUUCUCUUUUUGGAAAGAGGGUCCGGAGUUUUCCUUUUGGCUUGCCGAUACUUAAAAAAAACAAGUUUGUCUUUUUCAAAGCGUCUUUACGAAGGCGGUAAGUUUCAUUUUGCUCAGUAUAUUGUGCAGUCUCCAUGAUAAGACGUUUAGACGAUUUAGAAGUAUUUAGUCCCCUUCUGUGGAUAAAUGUAUUAGUUUGACAAAGAGAUAAAAACAAGUAAUUUGAGGACUUUUUUGCUUUUAGCUGUUUAGAUUUUUCUGGUUUCUCUGUCCUUCGCUGUUAACCUAACUGUGUAGCUGAAACAGUCAGACUUAUUUUUGUAAAUGUACGUUCUUGUGUGAUGCAGUUUUUUGCUUCUGUCUCCGAUAUUAAAUCAUUUUUCCUAAUA